UCUCGUGACGUUAGUGUGACUUGAUAAUGUGGAUUUUAAACAGACAUUAAUCACAUGAAACAUGGCCACAUCUACCAGUUACACUACUGAUGACAUAUUGAUAUGUUCAAUAUGUCUAGAAGACUUUAAAAAUCCUAAAUAUUUACCGUGUUUACAUACUUUUUGUGAAGGAUGUAUUUCAACCUAUAUUGCUUCCUGUUUUGAAAAAGGCAGUACACUUCAAUUUGCAUGUCCAGUGUGCAGAGAAGUUGUAUCAAACCUAUGUAAAAACGGUUCCGCGGAUGAUGUGGCAAAACAUCUCCCAGUGAACUUUCUGAUCGUUGUAUUAUUAGACUUGAAGAAGAUACAACGACCAGAAAAGCGAUGCAUGUCUUGUGAAAGGCUAGGAAUAGAGUCCACAGCAGCUUAUCUUUGUGUCACUUGUUCUGAUACUCUGUGCGACGCAUUUCACAAAUGCCAUACUGCAAAUAAAUACACCGCAGAUCACGAAAUCAGGCCACUCUCUGGUGUUUUACUUGAGGAAAAGAUGCCAAAAGCUUUUAUCAGUAAAUGUAGUGAACACACGAAUGAGAAAAUAAAACUCUUCUGCAAAGACCAUAACAUUCCUUGUUGCUCUAUGUGUGUCUCUAUUACACAUAGAAAAUGUGGAGAAAUAGUUACAAUUGAAGAUGCUGCGAAGGUUUACCUGUCUGAAAAUUCUGUUGACAAAAUUCAAAGCGAGCUUCAAGAUUAUUGUGAAAAUAUGAAUACUCUCGUUUCGACCAACAAAACAGUUUUAAAAGACUUAGAAUCGGACUAUGAAGCUAAAUCCAAAACAAUUGAAACCACGUAUAAAGAAUUGAUUGGCAAAGUUCGAGAUUUUGAGACAGAAAGAAAAGCUAAUUUACUGAAGAUUUUUAAAGAAAAGAAUGAUGGAAUAGGAACUCGUAUAACUGUACUUGAAAAUCGAUUGAAAGCAAUUAAUUACGAACAGGAAGUUCUUAAGAUAAGCAAAGAAAAAGCAUCGGAUGUGCAAGUAUUUCUAGAAACAAUAAAAGUAAGACGCCAACUCAAAGGACACAAGACGUUAAUAGACGAUAAGUUAAAUAUGACUGCUGAGGUUGAGAUGCCUAGUGUGGACAACUUCAUUGAACAAAUAGUAAAUGAAUUACAGGAAAAAUGUCAAAUACCUUGUUCAAGCGUUUACAAAUUUAACCGUUUCGAAUGGUUUGAAAGUGGCUGGGGUAUACCAUCUUACAGCGUUAAUACGAUUUCAGUUCAAGUGUCAAGUGACAUUUACCUUGUUGGAAUUAUGUCUUUCUGUUGCAAGGAAAAUUGUAAAAUAACUGUUAAGUUAGGACAGGGAUCUAAUAUCCUAGCAGAAAUAACGACGGACAUGGACAAAAGGAAAGCCGAUGACAAUUUGAUGCAAGUGGAGUUUCCAAAAGCUGUAAAACUGUCAGCUAACCACAUAUAUGAUAUAACAUUAUGUACCAAUACUUACAACACAUUGAUUUUCGACUAUGGAGUUCGUGGACAAGCAAAAGUUAAUCAUGAAGGUGUAACUUUUAAUUUCACAUCAUCUCUAAAAAAUCGAUCUUCUUCUACUACCGUAGAGAAAGGACAAAUUCCUGGGUUUCUUUUCAAAACAAUUCGAUAGGUGACAACUAAAUGUAACCAAAUCGAUUACUAUUUCGUUU